GCAAACCAACCCCUCACCUCUCGCAAUCACGAGUAGACAGCGAUGGGGCGACGGGGCGGACAGCGAUGCCGGCGUUCUUCUCGAGCGAAUUUGACCUCGACCUCGACCUCGACCUCGACGGGGCAACGAGGUGGAAAGCGUCGCCGGCCUCCUCCUCCGGCGAAUUCGUUUGUCAGUAUAGCUGCUGAUUUGGGGAAUCAUGGGUUGAUCAUGGUGUUGUUUGAGACACCCUCGGGCUUUGCAAUUUUCUAUUUUGACGGGAUCAGCCUCUACGAACCAGAUGCCAUGGAGAAUAUAUGGGCGCACUUCGUCACGGAAUAUAGGGCAAGCCAUGUCAUUUGGCGAAAAGACUUUCAAGUUUUUAAGGACAAGUCUGAUGCCAUUAACCAUGAUAGUGGUCUUAACAAUCAGCUUACUAACAUGCUCUUGAAGUGGUACCAACCUGGGCAGAAACUUGCUGUUGGCAAGAUUGAAUAUAAAAUAGUCAUUGAAGCAAACUUGGGAAUAUCCUGCCUGUUUGAUGAACCUGUAAUGGAGCUGAUGCGUGGGCUGAACUAUCUCAUGCAUAGUGUAGUUCCUGAAGAAAAAUCAAAGCUAGCCGAGGAGCACUGCCUCCAGACGAGUCAAGGGCUGAAAAUGCUCCUUCAUCGUUAUGGCUUUGAUAUAAAACCGGAGAUGGUUAAUGAUUGCAUUAUUGUGACAGCAUGCAACUUAUAUGAUUCUGAUUGUUGUUUAAAGAAUCAAUUUAAGAGUUUGCGCCUUGCUAGUCACUUCCUUCAGGAUGUGUCAUCCAUUAAUUCUCAAGACUGGGACAUAUUGAAACUUGCAACAGCUCUGAAGAUGGUAUGUUACCCUGAAGACGAUAUCUUGUUUGGUAAUCCUGAUGAGAUGUUUUCAACAGAUGAGUUAUCAAAGUUAGUGGCUGAUGCACAUAAAUACGAAGACAGUGGGAUCAUUAAAGGAGCUAUUUUGAGGCUCUAUAAUUUAGUGGUGUAUCUCCUUAAUUGUAAGGCAAAGUAUCAGAGGAGAUUGGCCUCCUUCGUCAAGGAGGCUAAAGAAUCAUAUGAAGCUGAGCAAGUUGUUAGAGAGAGGGGUUCCCUUCGAACUGAUGCUUUUGAAGCGGACAUACAAGUUGGGGUACAAAUGGUUGCAGGAUAAGGUCUUAGUGUUGGAUCAGUUUCUGCCCAUUCGUAGUGAUUUCUUCCGUUAGCAAUUGCUCUCCAGCUGUAGCUGAUAUCGUGAGGAUCUAUGUGCUUUUAUAUUUAACUUUCGAACUUAUUGAAGUUGGCAUGAGCGUUUCUAUGUGCUUUUAUAUUUAACUUCGAACUUAUUGAAGUUGGCAUGAGCGUUUUCAACCAAGUACCUUUUGUAAGCUUUGCCUAUUA